AUGAAGCUCAAUUAUGACCAUAGCUGCAAAUGUUCAAAGGCAGACCUCGCUCGUCCGCUCGUACCAGAAUUACCCAAUGUAGCAUUCCUCUUGGGUUCGACACCUGAGGUUAAUGAGGAGCCACCGAGGCUACUUAUGUUUGUGAUCUCUCUCAUACAUUCAGACCAAGAAUUGACUCUCUUCCAAGGUGAUCCCGCUUAUCGGAUGUACGAACAACUUUCAUUAGGUGAUGUCGAUUUCAUUACAGGUGACUACCUCGCAGAGAUGAAUAUGGCCGAAAAUACAGAGGCAUACAGAUCUGGAAAACAUCCAGGAUACAUAUCGACUGCUUUAGAGGGGCUGUCUCAAUCCCUCGAAUUGCUAGCCGAGAAGAAGACGAAAGUUAUUAUCAACGGAGGUGCUUUGAAUCCCGAAGGUUUAGCAAGGAAAGUGGAUGAACUUGCCAAAGAGCGUGGCAUUUCUCUUAAUGUUGUGAUCGCCGCUGCAUGGUAUUGGCACUCGUGGUCAGCAACUGAUGAUGACUCUCUCGCUGGAUCUUUGAUCCCUGGCCAUCGAAUAGAAUGUUCAGCAUAUGUAACUGGAGCCAACUUCUCUCGCUUCACUGAAUACGAUCAGGAUGUUUUUGUCGAUCCUGGUUUCCCUAUUGCGGAAAUCGAAGUAGAUGGUUCUUGCACAAUCACUAAGCAUGAAGGAACUGGCGGGAAUCAUUACUUGAAUAGUGAUGUGACUGCAGUCCUCGAUAGUAUUUCUGUCUCUCAAGUGACAAAUAAUCGUGUCAAAAUAACUGGAAUUAUUGGUCUUCCACCACCUUCAUCAACUAAAACUGCCAUGUUCUAUCAUGCGGGAUAUCAAUGCCAAUUUCUAGUGAACGCAACUGGCUAUGGCACCAAAGAAAAAUGGUCAUUGUUCGAAAGACAGAUGAAAAGGAAACUACAACUUACUGGGAUCGAAAAAUAUUUUGAACUUUUGGAAUUCCAAACUAUCGGUGUACCUGCAUCCAAUCCUUCAACACAACGCAGCAGCACAACAUACUGUCGUGUAUUCGCCGAAGCCCAUGAAACCACCACCCUCCAAUGCCUCGUCAAAGCCCUCUGCGAAAUCUCCCUCCAACAUUUCUCGGGUUUCCACGCUUCCCUCGACAUGCGUACCGCAGCCCCCAAACACUUCCUCGCAUACUAUCCCGCGCUCUUCCCCCAACACAAACUCGACAAACAGAUGCAUAUCAUCGGUCGAGAUACUCAAAUCCAUUCAUUCCCAUGCGGCCCAUCCACCACAAUACCAACCAUCAAUCCAACGCUCCACUCCACAUACGAUACUCCUUCCCCCCAACCACUCUCCACCUUUGAUCCUACAAAACGCAUCCGGCUAGCCGAUAUCGCACUCGCCCGCUCCGGCGACAAAAGAGCAAAUUUCAACUGUGGAUUCUUCAUCCCCACAUCCUCGAAUCCGAAACUCUAUCCUUGGCUUCAAAACUAUCUCAGCCGUGAACAAAUAAAGGAAAUGUUAAGAGCAGAAUGGGAAGAAAGAUAUGUAAUUGAAAGAGUUGAGUUUCCUCGAGUCUUGGCGAAUCAGCCAAGACAACGAUCGCCCCAUACUUGGAGGGUGUUAUUGGGACGCCAGGUCACUGAUAUGGGCGAAGAUGUUUCAAAAUCAAGUCUACUGAAGAUCGCGGGAAACAAUUGCGUUAUCUCGUUCAUGGAAGUAAUUGCUGAAGCUCAUGUCUUUGCCGAGGAGACCGUUGUUGAGAGUUACUCCAAGAGACUGACGACGGGAGCGUAUGCUCCUGCCGCUACCAAUAAGGUUAGAUUUGAUAUGGCAUUAGCUAUCAAGGAUGCGAAGUAUGCGCUCAAUUGCGCCAAGAAUGUAGGCGCUAAACUUCAAGUAAGUGAAGUAGCCCUCGAAAAUCUCGAAGCUGCAUUCAAAAUGAAACGCCCUUGGAUAGCAGUUCUAUGUAUGAGAACGAUUAGACAAGCAGCUGGAUUGGACUUCUAUACAGAUUUAUGUAGGAAACGGGAUGGUCUCUUGUAG